AAGAAGAAAUGUGGUCCUGCAUAGUUUUCCUAUUUGUAUGACAUUUGCCUUUGUUUCGGUUGAUAUAGUCUGUCUUAUUGUCUCUCUGAUAAAUUUAGUAGAUGGGUUGUUCAAUAUGGUUCAAUCUCAGUCAACUCUUCUUCUUCAUUCUCUCAUUCGUCCAACUAACUCCUUCCCGUGCACAACUUUGCCCUCAAGACCAGAGUUUUGCAUUGCUCCAGUUUAAGAAACAAUUUUCCUUCGAUGAAUCUGCUUCACAGGUAUGUGAAUUUCGCAACAUAAUUCCUUCUUAUCCAAAGCUCAAAUCUUGGAAGAACGGUACUGAUUGUUGCUCGUGGGAUGGGGUGGAGUGUGAUUGGAGGACCGGUAAUGUAAUCGGCCUUGACCUCAGCUGCAGCUGCCUAUAUGGCACCAUCCAUCCCAACAGCACCCUCUUUCUCCCUCCUUAUAUUCAAAGGCUCAACCUUGCUUACAACGACUUUGUUUCCUCUCCAUUUCCAUCUAAUUCAUUUGAUCGGUUUUCCAAAUUGACAAAUUUGAACCUCUCUUCCUCUGGAUUCUCAGGCCAAAUCCCAUUAGAAAUUUCGGAACUAUCUAAUCUGGUUUCACUUGAUUUGUCAUCGAAUAGUCAAUUGAGAUUGGAGAAAGCUGGUUUUGAAUUGCUUGUUCAAAACUUGACCCAACUGAGAGAGCUUAAUCUUGAUGAAGUAAACAUCUCUUCGGUGAUACCACGUUCCUUGUUAAAUCUAACUUCUUUAACAUUUCUCAGCCUUGUCUCUUGUGAAUUCCUGGGAGAAGUUCCUGAUCAGCUAUUUCAACUGCCAAAUUUGAAGAAGUUAGAUAUAGGUUUUAAUAAGGCUCUCACCGGUCAUUUUCCAGAAUUUAACUCGAGCAGUCCCCUUCAGUCCUUAAGUCUUUACCACAUAAAUUUCUCUGGAGAAUUACCCGACUCAAUUGGAAACCUGAAGUUCUUAAAUGUUUUGAGUAUCGGCAGUUGCGGAUUGUCAGGACAAAUUCCACCAUCACUUGGGAACUUGACACAAAUCAGUUCGUUGUUCCUUGAUAGAAACAAUUUCAUCGGUAAGGUUCCACCUUCGCUUUCAAACCUUGAGCAGCUCAUUGUUUUAUAUCUUUCGGACAACCAUUUCGAAGGCCCAAUCGCAAGUGUUUUUCCUACUAUGAAAAAUCUUAGAUAUUUAGAUCUCGGAACGAAUAACUUCAGUGGGCAGAUCUCAUCAUUAUUUGCCAACGCAACACUACAACAACUCGUUGUUCUAAGCUUGUCAUAUAAUCAACUAUCUGGAACUCUACCUUCACAAGUAAAUGGGCUUUCACAUUUAAGGGAGCUCAGCCUAGAUUAUAACUUUAUCAGUGGGGCAAUCCCAUCUUGGAUGUUUAACCUACCAGCACUGGAAUCUUUAGACCUCAGUUAUAACAAAUUGACUGGCCCCAUUAACGAAGUCCAAUUCAAUUCAUUGCGCUACCUUGAUUUGGGUUCUAACAAGCUGUAUGGUAACAUUCCAAGUUCAAUCUUCCAACUUGUGAACCUUACUUAUCUCGAUCUUUCAUCAAAUAACUUGAGUGGCAUAGUCUCUUGCAAUGCAAAUUCUCUUGGAAUUCUCAUUUUGUCUCGUAACAACUUAAGUGGUGUUACAAAGCAUUGCUUGAGAAAGUUAAGCAGGAGUCUCUUGGUGCUUGAUCUCCAGAAGAACAACUUUUAUGGGAACAUUCCUAACACAUUUACAAAGAACUGUAGCUUGGAAACUGUAAAUUUGAACAACAAUGCAUUGAGAGGGCCAGUACCAGAUUCUUUAGUAAAGUGCAGAUCGCUACAAGUUCUUGAUCUCGGAAACAACAAGAUAAAGGAUACAUUUCCAUAUUGGUUAGAAAGUCUUUCAUAUCUGCACGUUCUUAUUUUACAAUCUAACCGAUUCUACGGGCCUAUAACUACUUUCAUGACCCAAUUCCCUUCCAUAACUUGAGAGUUUUUGACAUUUCGUACAACGAUUUCACUGGGUCUCUGCCAACAAAAUAUUUCAAAAACUUCAAAGCUAUGAGGAACAUUGAUGAAACCACAUUCCGCCUAGAAUACAUGAAUAGUUAUUAUAGUAGAUAUUAUUUUGAUUCAAUUACUGUAACACUCAAAGGAUUGAGAAUUCAAAUGGAGAAAGUCCUUAAUACCUUCACAACAAUUGAUUUAUCGAAGAACAACUUUGAAGGAGAUAUUCCCAAGUUGAUAGGAAUGCUAAAUUCAGUUUGUGGCCUCAACUUAUCUCAUAACAAGCUUACGGGUCAGAUUCCGACAUCACUUGGGCAGAUGAAAAUGCUUGAAUGGUUAGACCUCUCUUCAAACAAGCUUGUUGGAGAGAUACCUCAGGAGUUAACAAGUUUGAUGUUUCUACAAGUCAUAAACCUUUCGCACAACCAACUAACAGGGCCCAUACCUCAAGGCAAACAAUUCGAUUCAUUCAUAGAGAACUCAUAUGAGGGCAACUCUGGACUAUGUGGAUUGCCAUUGUCGAAAUCAUGCGGCCACUCUGGAGCACCACCACAAUGGGUAUUGCAACAAGAUGAUUCUUCAGAGUCUCCUAGUGGAUUCGUGUGGAAAGUGACAUUCAUGGGGUAUGGAUGUGGAUUGGUACUUGGGCUUUCUAUGGGAUAUAUUAUGUUCUCAAUUGGAAGGCCUAAGUGGAUUGUAAGGCUCA